AUGAAAGUUGGAAAUAUUAAUAGUGAAUAUCAAGACAAAUAUAUUACAGUUCGUUUAAUUCAAGAUGUUACUGAUGAUGAUCUAAAUUCAGCUAAUAUUGAACCAAGUCAUUUAGUUAAUUUAAAAAAUUUUAAAUAUAUAAUUAAUAAUAAUAUUUGCACACAAAUGAAUGGAGAAUUAUUAGGUAUAAUUUUAGUUACUUCCUAUAUUGGACAUGAUCAGUUAAGAGCAGCUCAUCGUCAAGCUAUAUCUCAAGAUCAGCUUAAAGAGUUUGGUUUUUUAAGAGUAUUUCUUUUAGCAGAAAUUCCAAAAAAUGAAAAAUUUAUAAGCCAAGAGCAAGUAAUUGAUGAACAAUUAAGGUUCAAUGAUCUCAUUCAAGGAAACUUUAAUGAAGCAUAUCGUAAUUUAACUUACAAACAUUUAAUGGGAUUAAAAUGGGUAUUAGAAAGGUGUAAUAAUGCAAAGUUUAUAAUUAAAGUUGAUGAUGAUAUUGUUUUUGAUAUUUAUUAUAUAAAUAAAUUUUUAAGAUAUUUUCAUCCAGUUGAUAAAUAUUAUAUUGCUGGAUAUGUUCUAUCAAAUCAAAAAACUAUAAGAAACCAAGGUAGUAAAUGGUAUGUUUCAAAAGAAGAAUAUUUUUAUAACUUUUAUCCAGAUUAUUUAUCUGGAUGGCUUUAUAUAACAAAUCAACAAACAUGUAAGAAACUUGUUCUUAAAAGUCAGAAUGAAAAUUUUUUUUGGAUUGAUGACAUAUUCGUUACUGGUAUUUUGAGAAAUAAAUUAAAUAUUGCACUUAUUAAAUUUAAUGAUUGGUAUUCAGCCAAUUCACAAUUUUUAGAGUGCUGUUUAAAAGAUUCAAUUAAUUUUUUUUAUGAAUGUGAAUAUUUUGUGGGUCCAAAUGGUGGUGAUACUAAAUUGAUAAUCAAUUUUUUACAACAGAUAAAAAAAUGUUACUUAAAGUUAAAAUUAUGUAAAACGCGUCCAGAAAAUAAGUCAUUAAAAAAAACGUGUGUAGCUGAAGCGAAAAAUUUACUAGAAAGAGAUCAUGGAGAACCAUUCAUUCGUUCCUUGAGACUUUGAACUUGUAUUUGAAAUUCCAGCACCAAAACUUUUAGAUGUAAUUUUUAAUAAUUUUAAGACAUUACUUUUUUUAUUAUUUUUUUUGAUGUUAAUAAAUUUUCAACAAAAAUGUAAUGUAUCAUAUUCAUGCAAUGAAUAAUGAAUUUUGAAAUUCAAUUGAGUAAAAUUUAGUAAUCGAACAAUUCUAUAAAUAUUGACAGGAUUGGAAAACCUUGAUAUUUUAAUUCUAAGAUUGAAAUAAAAUGUAUACAUUA